AUGGCUGAGAAGAUGGAGAACAUGACGACGAAGUCCGAGCCCACAGACGUGUCCAAUGGGGCCUCGGACAGGGUAAGCCUUGCGCAUGUGGUGCCUGAGGGUGUUGACGUUGCUCUUGGUUGGUUCGAGGAGAUGCGAACUAUUCCAGUGGCAGAGCUCGACGCGGAGAGCAAGGCUGUGCGACGCCGAUGCGACUGGAUUUUGAUGCCGAUUAUCUGCAUCACCUAUGCUCUCCAGUUCUUGGACAAUGCUGUUCUUGGGUAUGCGUACGCUUAUGGCAUUUUGGAGGACACUGGCAUGACACCAAGUGACUAUAACUGGUUGGCCAGCAUCUACUAUUUUGGAUACCUUUUUUGGGCAUAUCCUUCGACCCUAUUACUCCAAAAGCUUCCUGUGGCCACCUAUACGACGGUCCUGAUCUUCCUCUGGGGCGUUUUGACCUUCAUGUGCUGCGUCGCCAAGUCCUUUGCAGGCUUUGCCAUCCUUCGUUUCCUACUUGGAUGUCUCGAGGUCGGCAUUACUCCUACGAUGAUGAUUAUCACCUCGUCGUUUUACAAGCGUGAAGAGACUCCAGUUAGAAACAGUUUCUGGCAGUCGUCCUUCGGCAGUGGUGUCGUGGUGCUCUCUAUUGUAUCAUAUGGGCUUGGAAACAGCCACAGCACCAUUUCGAAUUGGAAGCUCGUCUUCUUGUUUGUGGGAGCCAUCACUACAGCUUGGGCUGCAGUAUUCUAUUUUCUCGUCCCCAAUACUCCCACUGAGACGCGCUGGUUGAGCCGUCGCCAGAAAUUGGUCGUCAUCCACCGCAUCUCGACCAACAAGAUUGGUAUCAAGGACAAGAAACUCAAACCUUACCAGAUCAAGGAAGCACUGGUCGACCCCAAAAUGUGGCUUCUGUGCGCAUUUCAAAUCACCAACGGCAUUUGCAACUCCAGUGUCUCUGCAUUCGCCUCGCCCCUGAUCGAAGGGUUCGGUUUUAACUCCCUGCAAACGGUUCUCCUUCAGAUGCCCACCGGUGCCUUUGUCGCGGUGAUCGAGCCUGUGCUGGGAUACAUUGCUACCAAGGUCCCUAACACAGUCAUUUGGAUCUCCAUCGCGGCCAAUAUCCCUAACGUGGCAGGCUUGUUUGGUAUUCGCUUCAUUGCCAGGAAUGAGCACAACAAAUGGGCUCUGCUGGGGUGCACGUGGCUUCAGUUCAUCUUCGGCGUGACGAACCUGUUCAGCUGGACGUUGACGGCGUCCAACUUUGCCGGGCACAGCAAGCGGUCAUUCGUCAAUGCGGCUGUAUUUGCGGCAUUCGGCGUAGGCAACCUGAUCGGACCACACAUUUUCUUUCCUUCGGAGGCGCCGGUCUACGAGUCUGCCAUCACGGGGCUCUUGGUUUGCUUUGGGCUGAGUAUUACUUUCAACUUGUGCCUGCGCACGUACAUGUCGCACCAGAACAAGAAGCGAGACCGGGCGUUCGCCAAUGGCGAGAUUCAGGGUGUGGAUGGAGAGUUGGAAGGCUUUUAUGACAAGACGGAUAUGGAGAACAAGGCUUUCCGAUAUGUGUUGUAAGAGGCGGGAUGGAAAAGCAGGCACUACAGAGGGCGGCGGGUGGAAUCCCAAGGGGUCUUGUGAUGCGAAUGCCUUGUUCGUGCACGUUGGGGAUCGUUGGUUGCAUCUUUGUAGAGGUUCAUACAC